AUGGACGCCUCCUCCCUCCGCAUCUCCAAGUUCGAUGGAACUAACUUCCACGCCUGGAAGUUCAAGAUGCAGAUGGUGCUGGAGGAACGGGACCUAUGGGAGGUCGUCAGCGGUGAGAUCAAGGCGGAACAGUGCGAGACUCAGUUGGACCAAGCGACGUACAAGAGGAAGUCAAGAAAGGCGAUGGCAGUGAUCUGUCUAGCCAUGGAAGAUUCCCAGCUACCGUUGGUCCGGUCGGCAAGUGGUGCAUGCGACGCAUGGUCAAGGUUGGAAGACCACUUCGAGAAGAAGAGUCUUGCCAACAAGCUGUUCUUGCGCCGUCGCUUCUUCACGACAAUGAUGGAAGAAGGCGACGAUGUGCUCGAACACAUCAACAAGCUCAAGACGCUGGCGGAACAGCUAGAAGCGGUGGGGGCUCCAGUCUGCGAGGACGAUCUGGUGAUCACACUCCUCGGCAGCCUGAGUGACUCGUAUCAAUUCUUGAUCACAGCUUUGGAGUCGCGCUCAGACACUCUUAGCUGGGAGCUCGUGACGUCUCGACUGCUUCAUGAAGAAAUGAAGCGGAAGGAGCAAGGAAGUAAAGGUGAUGAAGCUUCGCAAGGUCAAGCGUUCAUCACAAGGGACAAUCAGCGCAAAGGGCGACCAGUGAAGAAGUCCUGGCCGUGCCACAAUUGCGGAAAGAUUGGUCACUGGAUGGCGGAGUGCCCCUCGCGCAUCCAAGAAAACACGGAGAGACACCGGCCACAGCGUGCUCAAGACAGCGGCGACCGCUAUCGAUCACAACGUGCAAACGUCGCUCAAGAAGAAGACUCGGGCGACUACCUCUUUUCGAUCGGUGAAACGACAUCUGCGAAAUCGAGCGACAUCUGGCUGGUCGACUCCGGGGCGACGCAGCACAUGACGUGCUCCAAGAAGUUCAUGCGGAACUACAAGGGGUUUGACGCUGUGGAUGUCCAUCUCGCGGAUGAUGGAAUCGUCCAAGCAAUCGGCAGUGGGGACAUUGUCAUGUCGAUGAAGACACCCCAAGGGAUGAAGAAAGGUGUGCUCACAAACGUGUGGCACAUCCCAAAGUUAUCCAGAAACCUGUUCUCGGUCGGCCGCUUCACCAAGGAUGUCGGCCCAGUGACGUUCACGAAGGAUGGGUGCUAUGGAGAAGCGAAAGGGACCAAGUGGAAAAUUGGUGCCCGUGAAGGUAAAGGACUGUUCAAGCUGCAAAUGACUCCAGUGGCGCCGGAACAAGCAAAUGCAGCCAAGUCGUCGGGAUGUCAAGGGGGCACCAAGUCGUACCUCUGGCACCUUCGGCUUGGCCACAUAGGUCACGAUGGACUCAAUUGCAUCGUGACGAAGAACAUUGGAAUUGGCAUCGACAUAUCUUCGGUGAAGAAGUGGGACGUGUGUGAAGGUUGUGCUCUGGGAAAACAGACUCGAGUGCGCUUCCAAUCAAACACUACAGCUCGCACCUCCAAACUCCUCGAAGUGAUUCACAGCGACGUAUGCGGACCGAUGUCGAUGGCAACUUUCAGUGGAAAACGGUACUUCGUGACAUUCAUUGAUGACAAGUCAAGAUACUGUGUCGUCUAUCUGCUCAAGAGCAAAUCUGAAGUUGCGGCGAAGUUCAUGGAAUACGCUGCGAUGGCCGAAACGCAAAACCGGAAAGCGCGUGAAGUACCUUCAAAGCGACAAUGGGGGUGA